UAACAGACACCGGCGAUGGAUACGGUCGGUGCGAAAGAUUUGGCGUUCCGUAAAAUCUGCACAGAGCGCUUCAUCCUCUCGAUAGGGUACAGCCUGCUGCAACAGUACCUGCUAGUGACAAUCUUUCUACUUUUUAUCAACUUCAGCAUCUUACACCCGUUAAACUGGAUCGUCGGAACAGUACGGCUGCUAGUGUCGUUCUACCCCUGGAUUGCUUCGGUGCCGCUAGCAGUAGCCGUAACGUUGCAUGGAAUAGUGUUGGCUAAGUCGUGUCUGCUGGAAUCACGGUACCAUUCAACGUACUUUCUGAAGCUGUACCGGAAUCUCGUACAACGCUCAGUACUUUUGUUCACCAAUGGAACGAUCGGGUGCUUGACCGCUUGGCUGUACACACGAUUCCUGCGGGAUGAGUAUCGGUUACUGUUUCUGAGCGGUGAUCAGGAUGAGGUUACGUAUCUCAACGAUCGUUUCGUGUAUCUGCUAAUGAGCGGUGUGUUUGGCGGAAGUUAUUACUUUGCUCGGGAGCAACCAAAUCCGGGCGCGGUGGAUUUCCCCAUCAUUCUUCUACCGAAGGUGGCACAAUAUUGGAACAAUCUUAGCAGUGCUUUAAGCAAAUCGAUGCGUAAAUCUUUCGUAGGCAUGUUCCUCUACAUGUGCUUCUACUACACAUUCUCCUGUCUGUUUAGACACAGGCUAGCUGCUUUUCUUGGUGGAGCAAAACUGCAGGACGGAUCAACUCUCUAUAGUUUCUGCAACAUUGUGAUGGAUGUUCGACUGUUGGUGUACACCUGGCUAUUUUCGGCUCUGAUUUUAAGCAACAUAAAUCUUAUGCACGUGCUGUUCCGCAUCUUUCUAACUGAGCCUCAAAACUUCAGCCUGGAGACAAGCGUCUUCCAAGCGAACGAUGACCCGUUGCUAGCGGACGCAUUAGCCUACAAGCAAAUCCCGAUCGUACAGCAACUGGCUGCCGAUGAUCUGUUCACCGUAGCCGAAGCACAGUCCAACGUCCGGCGAAAGCAAUUGUUCGCAUUGACUGUCCCAGGUGGGCAUCCCAACAACUGGCGUCGGGUGUACGAGGUGUGCAUGAAGUUGAUAGGUGAUUUUACCCAGGAGUUGGAACACUCGAUAGACGGAAUUGAACCGAAACCUGCACCACCGAUGGUGCUGAUGGGAGGAGUGCUUCGGCCAACCGCAUCAAUGGACAAAGAGUACCUUAUGAAGAAACAGUACAACCAAAACUUUGGCAUUCGUAGCCUGUCGACACCAACGCUAACCUCGCCGAACGGAGUAAAUUCCGAACAACACAGUGCCAAAGCCCACGAAAAGGCAGUGUAUAAAGUCAUGUCGAUUGCUACGGCUUUGAAGCGCAUACCGGGGUACGAUUUCUUGUUCGUGGAAUCAAAAUCUUCUAAAAGUUACUAUCUGCUGUCGGUUCAAUCGCAGCUGAUAGUGAAGGUAACACAAAGCUUGGUGGCAAUUGCCAGCCGUUCGCUUGCCGAGGACACGUACGGUGUAUUGCAAAACGAUCUAUCCUGCAUCGUGCAUACGCUUCUGGAGUUGAAACGGGUAGUCGAUAAAAUCGGUUCCAUCAAUUUGGACGUGAAGAGAGUCGAUCGUAACUAUAUUGCCCUGAAAGGUGCUGUUAAGAAGAGUCUUUACAGAUUUACCGCCGCUUUCGGACCGUACAUUAAGCAUCUUGUAAUCGAGCCGGAAGAUUUAAAGACGCUCCAGGGUUUCGUAAACUUCCGUGAAGUUUGA